AAGGGAGAGAGAACAUCACCCACAAAAUAGUAAUGAUUAUAGGCCACAUAAAAUCCAUGGAUAAACUUCUACUUGCUUCUGUAGGAUGUAAUACCAGCUAGUCUGGAACUGCAAGCCCAUUCACUAAGGAAAAUUGGCUUACUAAGGUCACCCCACAAAUCGGUUUCUCCAGUAACUCUCUGUACUCCCUGAUUUCCAUGGAUUCUCAAAGCCAACAACUUCACUUUGUGGUGUUUCCUUUUAUGGCUCAAGGGCACAUGAUUCCAAUGGUAGACAUUGCCAGAUUGUUGGCACAUCGCAACAUUCUUGUCACCAUAAUCACAACACCCUUGAAUGCCGAUCGUUUCACAGCUAGCAUCUCUCGUGCAAUAGAAGCUAGACUCCAAAUUCGAGUAAUCCAAGUUCAAUUUCCUUGUGUAGCAGCGGGGUUACAAGAAGGCUGCGAGAAUGUUGACAUGCUCCCUUCAAUUGAUGUUGCCGAUAAAUUUUUUGCCGCCACUGCCAUGCUACAAGAACCUGUGAAAAAAUUGUUUAAAGAGUUGAAACCCCCACCAAGCUGCUUAAUUUCUGAUAUGUGUUUUCCAUGGACAACAAAGAUGGCUCGGGAGUUUCAUAUCCCAAGGAUAGUUUUCCAUGGAUUUUGUUGUUUUUCUCUCUUAUGCCUACGCAUCUUGCACAACUCCAGGUUUCUUGAUGAUAACACCUCUGAGUCGGAUCGAUUAGUGGUGCCUGGACUGCCUGACCGAAUUGAACUCACUAGAGAAAAUCUUUCGCACAUUGCCACCACAAACUCCUCUAUGUUGACAGACCUUCGCAAUAAAAUGAGAGAGGCUGAAGAUGCAGCAUAUGGGGUGGUGGUUAAUACUUUCGAGGAGUUGGAGCCUCAAUAUGUUAACGCAUAUGCUAAGGCCAAAGGUGCAAAAGUAUGGUGCGUUGGUCCUGUUUCUCUAUGCAACAAAAAUGAUAUGGAUAAGGCAGAAAGAGGUAACAAGGCUUCAAUUGAUGAAAACCAUUGCUUGAAAUGGCUUGAUUCGCAAGAGCUAGGGUCUGUAGUCUAUGUUUGUCUAGGAAGCAUUACCCGCCUAGCGACUUCCCAGAUGAUUGAGCUUGGGUUGGGUCUAGAGGCAUCAAGCCGACCUUUCAUAUGGGUUAUAAGAAGCAAAUCAGAUGAUUUUGAGAAAUGGAUUGCAGAAGAAAGAUUUGAGGAAAGGAUCAAGGGGAGAGGCCUUUUGAUCCAUGGAUGGGCACCACAGGUACUAAUAUUGUUCCACCCCGCAGUGGGGGGAUUUAUGACACACUGUGGGUGGAACUCGACACUAGAGGGUGUGGCUGCUGGUGUGCCAAUGAUAACAUGGCCAAUGUUUGCAGAACAGUUCAUUAAUGAGAAGCUAAUUGACCAAGUAUUGAGGACUGGAGUGAGGGUUGGUGUAGAGAUUCAAACUAAUAUUGGUGAGGAAGAAAAGGUUGGUGUGUUGGUUAAGAAGGACGAUGUUACAAUGUCUGUGUAUAGGCUCAUGGACGAAGGAGAGGAAGCAGAAGAGAGAAUAAAAAGAGCUAAAGAGCUAGGGAAAAUGGCAAAGAUGGCAUUAGAAGAAGGGGGCUCUUCUCACCUCAACAUGACACGACUCAUCCAAGAUAUCAUGGAGCAAACAAACUAGGGGCAAUCCACCAAAGAGCAUGGUAUAGAAUGAAGUUCUUUUAGAUGAGUAGAAUGAACAUGUUGAUAUUGUGUAUUCACCAAACACUUUUGCGAUCCACACAGCACACUGUUUAAUUUUUCAUUUCUAGUGCUUUCGGUCAUUAAAAAGUAGUUGAAUAUGGUAGCACGUCUCCAUUAAAAGGCUUUGAAGUGGCCCACAUACCACAUUAGUUUUUAUGAUAAUAUUAUAUUUAUAAAUUAUAUAGACAAUUUUGAG